AUGUUUGUCCGCCGGGCUGACGGGAGUACUGUUAGUCAGUCCUAUUCCAAAUCCAAAUCUAGUGAAGUUCAAUCAAACUGUACGUCUCAAUCUUUCUCCACAGUUGCAGAAAACCAGUCAUACUCAAAGUGUGGAGGAUGUAAUGAAGAAAUCCGUGAUAAAUAUCUACUUCAAGCACUGGACAAACUCUGGCAUGUCUACUGCUUGCGAUGCAGCGACUGCAGGGAGACACUCAGUGAUGACGGCAAGUGUUACGUUCGCGACGGAAACAUUCUUUGCGACUUUGAUUUUUUUCGGUAGGCAUUCAUUACACUUUCCUUUUAGCUCUAAUGGCAGAACGAAAUUCCAGUUAGGUUGGAAAUUAGCCAUUUCUUCGUUAAAUAACUUAUAACUGUUCCUUUAAUAUGAAAAUCUUUCACAAAUUGGCAAAAAAGGCGAAUAUGAAGUAUAUUUCUUGUUGAACAUUUCAAUGAUUUUUGAAGUCAGUUUAAUGAGCUAGAUAAUAUAUUAAUCUGGCAUAAUAAAGUUAUAGCGGGGUCCAUCUAAAAUCGAGUUCAACAAAAACAAUGGUAAAAUACAUUUCAAUUUCUUCAAUCUGUUGCUCAGUUGCCGGAUGCGUCGCAGUUAAAUUCAGUUGUCAGUUCAAGUUUCUUUAAUGGUUAUCCGGCGAUACCACCUACAGAACUGUUAGAUUCUAGUGCUGACUUGUACCGAACUGUUAUAUUUUAGUACUAAUUUGUACUUCAUGAUGAAUUUUAAAAUCAUUCACAGUUACAGCAAACUAAAGAGGAAAUAUCUUUUAUAGAAUUUUAACAUUUUAUCCGGCUCCAAGUCUAUUUUCUUUAUCAUUUUAUGUCGCAUUCAGUGAUAGCAACAUAAUCAACUAUACCCGCGGAUGGUUAUUUUCUUACUAUGAUUAUCAGUUGCUGCAGUUACACAUACGAGACUGAAUGAUUGAUUCAGUAUUUAAACGUAGAGUAAAACGAACGUUAUCAAGAACUAAGCCGAGGGGAAGACUAAAUAAGACUAAAUCUGCAGAGUAGCAGUUAGCUGAGCAGUAUGCAGCAUAAAACUGAACGCCAUCACCUGCUGCAACAAGCACAGCUGCUUUGUGUUAAUUCUCCAAACUUUAAGUUAGAAGGUUAUUUAUUAGGAUAUUUUCAGUUCCCCUUGUACUGAACAACGAUGUAUUUACGAUUUGUUUUCAUAACGUCACCAGCAUUUCCAGCAGUAAAUUGAUCUUCGGAUUUAGACUUUUUUCUGCUGCAAUGGAAAUAGUUUCCUUGGAUUUCUUUUGAUUUGUAAUUAAGACCUCAAACGGCAGCAAAUGUAAUGGAUCGAUUGUGAAAGUAAGGCAAGAUCACUUUGUCAGUUCUAUUUUAUUAAACCAAGCCGAUUAAUCCACGUUUCCGCUUUCCAAGUUGUAUCCUAGCUUAUACUGUUUGUCACCAUUGAGGACACCUGUAAGUCAGUUUCGCCAGCGUUUGUCAACUAUCAGUUACAAUUAUUUGUUCUUUUUUUUUUUUCAGGCGUUACGGUAAACCCUGUACCAUUUGCAAUGAAGGUAUUUCUCCUAAACAAAGCGUAAGAAAGGUUUUGGACAAAGUUUACCAUAUAAGUUGCUUCUCUUGCGUGUCAUGCAAACAGCAGUUAUCGACAGGGGAUCUGUUCUAUUUGCUGGACGAUGGAGGAAUUAUCUGCAAACCAGACUAUGACGGAGAACAACUCACCAAAUAUUCUGGUAACUCGCUCCAGUAGCAAACCAUAUUUAUUAUUAAGAAAAAGUCCCGGAACCUUUUCCGGACUGCAUUAGGCUGUACUAUGUCCGUUGAAUAUUUUUGCCGAGUUGUUUUGACCAGGAUAGAAAUACAGUAAACCGUAAGUUAGCGAAACAAGUUAGGGCUAGUUUGUGGGCCAAAGGCCUCACUAUUAUUAUAAAGAUUUUGAUGCUAAAAAGGCUCUAGGUAAACAAAGUUAUCGUAAAAUUUAAAAAGCCCUGCCUAAGCAGAGUGAUCGGCGCUCAUAAAAAGUAGUCCGGCUGGUGGAAAAGAGUGUUAUGAAUUGAUAAUUAAUCAAAGCACUUGAAAUAAUUAUAUAAUUUGAUCAAACAAGCAUUUAAUACAAUUUGCUCUUCGUUUUUAACAGCGUUUUAAUGUUUUAAAUGUAAGGUUAUCAUUUCACUAAGGUAUUUUUAAGAACAAAAGUAAGAUCUAGUGAGAAACAAUUUAGAAAAUUACUAAAAUUGGUCACACUUUAUCGUUGGUUAUUGUCCCCAUUCGUUUGGCCUUUUCAAAGUUUUUUUGACCAAUUAAACGGAAUAAAGUAUACACAAAAAAAACAGGAAAUUAUUUCCUGGUUUUUCAUUUUUUGCCGUCUGCCAGUUGCGGAAAUUAGACAUAACAACAGACAAUUUUUCCGUAACAGGACUUGCGGACAACGGCUCUAGGAAUAUUGUACAGAUCAGCUCAUUAAAUUUUGAAAACUGGUCAUUCAAUAGAUUUUUAAGUGUUAAAUGUAAACAAAAAACAACAAAAGAAGCCAAAAACAAUUAAAACACAUGCACCUGGAAAAUAUACUACGUACCAAUCAGUUUCUUUUCUGCUACUGAGAUUAGAAAUCAACAACAAAUUAAAUAUGUCAGUUUGUUUUCCCGAAACAGAAAUUUCGAACACACCGGAGCAAGGUGCAUUUGGCAUGCAGUUAAACUUCAUGCUCUCCGGCGCCCUGUUCGGCUUUCCGCUGACCUUUAUCUGUUGAUAUGGCUCGAUAGUUAAUCUGAGCCACAUCACUGAUGCCACCAUACUUGAUGCCACCAUACUUGAGUGAGUGAGUAACUCUGCAAAAAGUUUAGCAAAAAUUGAGCGAAACUCGCGAGACCUUGGUUGUUAUUGGAGCCUCGAGGAAAAGUGCCUUGCUUGAAGUGUUUCCCCACUACGUCACUGUGACCCAUAGAGCUCACGCAUUGAACUUUAACGAUACCCCGGUCCGCAUUCCGCUCGGGUUAUGCAGCUGCCUUUUAUGCAGCAGACUUUCUUAGAAUUUUUAGGGUACAUUGAAAAAAAAAUCUGAGUCAGUCAGUCAGUCCAGUACGGUCCACUACGGCACGGCGAUCCAUUAGUUUGCCUUCAGCCCUUUCCGAUUUGCCUGUCGGCACACGACUGCUGGUUCAACCCUCUACCUUGUAUAUUCAGUUUAUAGUCCGGACAGACAGAAGAAUCAUUAUGACAUCCUAUCAUUCCCCAAGGGGCAUGGUAGGAAACCAUUGUUUGAAAUUAUUUUCACAAAUAAUCUAAUUAAACUUUGGAACUGCUGGCCCGAAUUUGAUUCUGUUUAAGUUUUCGCUGUGGCUAUAUAUAGCCACAGCGUUAAAUUUCAGUCCCAUUUCUUUUUUACCUGUCUUUAUUUGAUCUUCACUUAGUAAGACAACCUUUAGCAAGAGAAGGCUAAAACUAUUGGUGAAGCACCAGUUUUAAACUGACUGACUGAUUUGAUGGACAAAUAUCAUCAGGAUUCAGAUUUUAGUUUGAUCGAGUCUGUUUGUCAGUCAGAUUAUAAAUUGUCAGUCAGAUUGUCGGAGUUCUUUUAGACUGGCAGCACCUACAGCAAACACCCGCUAACCUAUAUGUUUUGAGGUCUGGCAAAAAAAGGCUCUUUUAUUUUGAAGUAUUUAUUGGUAAUUAAGGCUAAGUAGUUUCUUAAUUAGGUUCUUUAUUUCUGUGAAGGAGACAUAGAUGUUGACUAUUAGAAAAAUUAAGGUCCAUGAGGACAAUUACAAUCUGCAAUUUUUUAAAGCUUUUUUUCGUUGUAGGAAUUACGGUAGUACUUCUAUUUGUAAAUACAGUUUGGUGCAGUAUUGUGAUAUCAAUUGGCAAUCUCGAAGUCAAACCUCUUGGCUGAAAUGUUUAUCUUAAUUUACCUGUAAUCCACAUAAAAGACCCUGUUUGCUUUUGCUAAACAGGUUCUUAUAUUUUUGGGUACUAAAGUGCCAAAUUUCUGACCACAGAUUCUUAUUCUACAGACCGUACUUAUUGGCGAGUGCUGUUUACCGUUGGUAGCUUUUCCUGUACUUGUUUCGCGUUUGUUCGUUAAUCGUCCUGUUUCGUCAGCCAUUCUUCAAAGCUGCUAUUAUUAUAUUAUAUUUUGCAGGCGAAUCAAACCCUUCAUCCCCAAACGCAGAGUCCCCCAAAUCUCCGGUCAGAGACAAGAGCAAGCGAGUACGUACUUUCAUCACAGCCCAGCAACUGAGUGUACUAAAAUCUGUGUAUCACUCUUCUCCACGGCCUGACUUUGCCGAAAGGCUCAGGAUCUCCAAGGAGACUGGACUGGACAUGCGCGUGGUACAAGUUUGGUUCCAAAAUCAUAGAGCGAAAGAGAGAAGACAAAGCGAGAAGGGGAAAGACCCAUGGAUAAACAUAUUGACCAAGACAGCAUCAGCUGCAGCCAGAAGGCGGUCACGUUCGCUAGAACUGACAGGUACGCCUUGCUCUCCUCUACACGAGGCCGUUCAUUUUUCAGAUCUAAUGUGUUCUGAAGAUGAUCGCGGACCAAGCAAAUCAGGUAAAGAAGAUAAAAAAGAUGAUUAUUAACUUAAGAAUUUAUUGUUUAAUUAAGGAAUACAGAUUUGUGAUUAGUUUGUUACGUGAUGUAUUCACUUGCAAUAUCAAAAUAUUCAAUAUUAUGGACAAACACUUAACUGAAACAGUGUUCUUUUCGUUACAGCAAACUCCAUUUUAAAUGUUUCUCAACAACUCGAAGAUUUCAAUCAGCCAGCUGCUAUAGUAGCCAAUCACAGGCCAGCUUCCUUUACAUCUUCAACUUUACAUAAUGUGGUAAUUCCGCCUCUGUCUCCCGCAGUGCAUGAUGUACUUUCCAGCCCCGGAUUCGUAUUCACUGCUGCUCACAGACCUUCCAACUUUCCUCCAGUGCAAGAACUUCUGGAGAUAUGCGAAGAGGAGCUGCGAACGCUGACCAACCAGGAGACUGGUGUCUACCCCAAUCAACAGAGCCCCACAUACAGCUACUACGCAGACUCGGAGAGUGAUCGAUCUAACAUCAAUACACCCGCUGAAGAGCGAUAUUUUGUGUUUCCAGAUGUUCCAGGCACACCUGAUAAGAGGAGAUACUCCUCCCACCCCUCCCACCCAACGGUUUUUCCUUUUGAUCCUGAGACAAUUAAUGGCGCCACAUAA